AUGCCAACCUUCCGUCCACCGCCCAGAGCAAUCUAUAGUUCUAUACCCCCGGAUAAGAUAACAUCACCGGCACAAGCGCGGGCAGCAACUCGAGCUCCUCCCAUCUGGGUCUCCAGCCAUGGCCACCGCCACCUCCUCGCUCUUUUCCCUCUCAUCUCUCUCUGCCUCCCUCCCUUCCCCCUCACGGGCGCCUGCCUCCCUCUCCCUCCGCGCCAUCUCCCCCCAGGCCCGCUUGUCGACCUCCUACGCCGCCUUCCCCAUCGGUGGGUUCGGGGCCUGGGCGUCAACGGGGAGGAGGAGAGGGCUGGAAGUGGUGUGCGCCGCCGAGCCGCCCAAGACUGGGAGACAGCCGGACUCGGUCAAGAAGAGGGAGCGCCAGAAUGACAGGCACCGCAUCCGCAACCACGCCCGCAAGGCCGAGAUGCGCACCAGGAUGAAGAAGGUUUUCAGAGCCCUUGAAAAGCUCAGGAAGAAAGCUGAUGCCCAACCUGAAGAAAUCAUUGAAAUAGAGAAAAUGAUUUCUGAAGCAUACAAAGCCAUCGAUAAGACAGUGAAGGUUGGGGCCAUGCACAGAAAUACUGGAGACCAUCGCAAGUCCAGGCUGGCAAGGAGGAAGAAGGCCAUCGAGAUACUCCGCGGUUGGUAUGUUCCAAACGCUGAACCUACUGCCGCUGCCUAGGUUCUGGGGAAAUCACCAUCCGGAAUUUGCAUCAACUUUGUUUUCAUCACAUCUUACCAAUUUGGACAGCAUAUGGAACGAGCUCAAUAGCUUGCCAAGUUUUCUCCAUGUCAAGUAUUCUGUUUAUAUCUUUUGGUACUGACUACUAUGUUUAUGUGCUUGCUAUUCACUAGAAGCCUUGACACAAGGGCCAUCGCUUGUCUUGCAUUCCUGUUGUUGUUCACAUCAGUGUUGUAAACCUUCAAACCAAAAUUUACUUGUUGUAUGUGUAUCCAGAUAUCUUCAGCUAGACUCAAAUGUUCAGUACCAAUGUUCUCUCUUGUUACUGCCACCAUUUUGAAAAUACAUUUGUAUCUAAGGCGGUUA